UCUAGCACCUGAAAUGAUUUGUGUUCUGUAUUGAUCAUAAUACAGAAAGGUUGAGGUGUACCUCAUUUUGGUAUAUUUCGUAGAUGAAACACAUUUCCGACCACGAUAAAAUGGAUAAGACACGAAAACGUAUUGCAGUCCUGGCUAUAGUUAUGGCAUUUAUCACACUCAACAUAUGGUUUGUGGCCAUGAUAACACCAGGAUGGUUUAUUGUAUCAUGGAAAUAUAUUGACCCACUCAUGACACACAAGGAUUCCAAAUAUAUGAGGGAUUUGAUGAAAUUCUCUUCGGAUUCUUUGAAAACAGUGACCGUAGAUGUCGAAAUGAGCAUAUGGUACUGCUCUAUAUGUCUCCAAGACACCUGUGUUCAAGUUUCUUAUCAGGAACUUAAUAGAGAAGCAUUAUUAAUGAAGCGUGCAGAAAAGUCAAAAUCACCUUUUCCUUACUUAAUUGAUAUUCAAGUGUGGAGUAUCCUUGCGAUAAUUUUCUGCUUGUGUAGUUUAACUCUUCUUGUAUUCAACUUUGGCAAUGCCUGCAGGAUAAGAGCCGGGGGAAUCACCAUGUUUGUGGCAGCUUUGUUUGAAAUUGUCCUGCUUCUUCGGAUGAUCAUAGCCAACGUCCCUGUUGCAGAAGCUGUAAAUAUGGAAGUUAAAACUGCGUACUCCAUCAUCCUAUCUGGAAUAGGUCUGGUUUUUAGCUUCUUGGUCACGUUUCUCUGUAAAAUCUUGUACUCAAAAUACGUCCAACAAGUGCCACCAUCAACAUCUGCACAUUUUGCCAUUAUUCAAGAAAGUGACUAAUUCUACGAAACAUGCUAACGGUUUUACAUAUAAAGGAUUAUGAACAUGCAGUAGAUAUCCUCUUUGAAGGAAUUCGUAUGUCAAAUUUGAUUGACAAUAAUAUUCUGGACAAACGUCAAUGGGAUUCACCAAAUGAAGUUUAAAAAUUAGUUUGGUGUUUGUUAUAGACAAAACUACAGGUAGAUUUUUUUUUUAUUUUCUUGCUUAUGUUUGGAAGCACCGUGGUGAAUUGUUCACUUGAUAACAAAAUACAUUUUUUUAAUCACUAGAGUGUUUCCAAUCGUAAUUUGAUAUGUUUUCCCUUUCUAACGCAUUAUUUUUUUCGUUUUGUCUAUUUAGCUAAGCAUAUGAGGAAAUUAUUUCACCUACCUGUUGUUGUUGAUCAUGUAUUCAUUUAUUAUUUAUG